GCCUUUCUUUUUAGAAUUCCUAAUUCUCUAAAAAAUGUUCAAUAUAUUAUGUUUUUAAAGUUUUGUAAUAAUUUUUCUGUUGCAAAUAACAAAUGAAAUAGUUUAGUUUUAAUUAGUUUUUAUUUUUUCUUCUAGUCAUUAUUAUUAAGUUUAAAUACAAUUACAAUAUUUUUAAUAUGUUGCUCAACAAUUUAUAUUGUUUGUGUUCAGUAUUUAUUGUUUUAAUAGUGUUUCCUCACAAAGCGAAAUCGUCUGAUAUCGUUAUAACAAUAUUAAGUCAAAAUAACAAUUAUAGUGUAAACCUAGCUACUAACUUGAAGAAACUUAUUUUAUCUCAAACGGAUCAAAUACAUAAUUCUCAACUUGGAAAAGUGCAAUUGUUACAUGAAGAGUUUCCAGAUGAUGGAAGUUGGACAAUUAUACCCAUAAUUAAAUCAUUAAUUGAUAGAAAUACAAAUGCAAAGUGGUUCCUGUUUUGCGAAGAAAACUCAUAUGUUGAUUAUGGAAAUCUGUUGAAACUAAUAAGCGUAUACGAUCAUAACCAACCCGUCUGGAUGGGAUAUGGAUUAAAAGAUAAAACCCCAUCUAUUGUUCACCAUUACCUGUUCGAAGACGAUGACAACAAAAGAUUGGCUUACCCUUUGUUUGCAGCGGGAUUUCUCAUGUCUAUGGAACUAUUGUCAAGUGUGGUAGAUAAGAUGAAACCGUCUGCUACCUUUUCAAUUGAUGCAUCAUUUGAACUCGCACAACUAAUUGACCACAAACUCAAACACAUGCCGUUAACGUUUUGUCUAAAACAAUCUAGCACCUGUGUGGUUCAUCCACAAACUGAAAGAUAUAAAUGUGAACGCAAAGUCGCAAAAGGUUCAAUAUAUUUCGCUGUAAAAACUUGCGAACAAUAUCACAAAAGCAGAAUACCGGUUGUAAAAUCGACAUGGGGUGGAGAAGCUGUACAUAUUGAAUAUUUCAGUGAUCAACUCGACCCGAACAUACCAACAGUAGUAUUUCCAAAUAUCACCAAUACAGACCAUGGCUUUUGUUCGAAAACUAUGUCGAUCAUCAAAUAUUUAUCUGAUACAUUAGCUUAUUAUCCGUCAUUUAAAUGGAUUGUAAUUACCGAUGACGAUACACUUUUGAGCGUCUCGCGACUCGCGUCCAUACUAAGCUGUUGGGACGGACAGGUAAUAGCUCUUGGACAAAGAUAUGGUUAUAAUGUUCAAGGAACUCCGUCAUUAGGGUACAAUUACAUAACUGGAGGUGGCGGUAUAGUGUUGAGCAUGAAUUUAGUCCACAAGUUGACCAAAUGUAAGUGUGGUAGUCCUCAAUCACCAGAUGAUAUGGUCUUGGGAAUAUGUUUAAAGUCUCUAAAAGCUACAGUCGUACAUUCUCCAGUUUUUCAUCAGGCAAGACCUCAAGAUUAUGCCGAUGAAUAUUUAGAAACUUAUCCGAUAGUAUCUUUUCAUAAGCACGAUGGAGUCGAUCCGUUACGAAUCUACCGCUAUUGGCUUUAUCAAGAUUCUUCAUUCGGACACGAUGAACUAUAAGUAACAAAAAAACAGUCGAGCAAGGCCAGUUAAACAAAUUAUAAAGAGCUUUAUUUAUUUAACUACUUUGUAUGGAAAUAACAUUUUUGUAAAAAUAACAACAAUAAUAAUAAAAUAUAACUA